AUGUUUUUGCUAAAAAGCGGUUAACACAUCCGUACGACCCUUAACUGAACCUCUCACACCCAUUCGCAGACAGCUGGGGAAAUGGAGCUUACAGAGAGGGCAGAUUAUGUUAACGAGCAGCCAAAUCCCCAGCAAAAACCCAGAGAGGAUCAUGGGAAAGGUAAUUAAAAUUUCACUUUGUUUACAAAAAUGAGAACCUGGUCAUUAAAAGCUUAAAAAUCCCUCUAUUCUAUGUCACUUAAACAUUAAAUAUAAAGUGAGUUUUUGAGGCUACAGCUCUGUUUUGAGUGUAACCCUGAAUGUUACAAGCCUAGUAUCAGAUUUUUAACUUUUCUUUGAAUACUUCAGAAGAAAGUAUGUACGGUAACUAUCCAGUAAUGUCCGAAAGUUAUUUGUGAUUCAGACGAUAAUUUUUCAUAUCAUGUACGGUUGUCAUGUUGUGUUCUCACAGCGUAAUUUGAUGAGAUAAACAUAAACAGACAGGAGAUAAUAAUGGAGACUUCACCACAUGAACUAUGUUAAAGGAUUUUAAUAUCAUAAUUUAUAUUUAACUUUCAAAUUAAGGAAGAAAUAAUGAUGGAAACUAACAUUUUUCAAUUGUACAAAUAACCUUAAAUUUAAUUUGAAUGUGUAAUAUAUUCAAAUGGUACUCUCUUAUCUAAAUAACUGUAAAGUGUUGUAGUAAACCAUUAAAAAUUCAAAGUCACUCUCUUAUGAACAAUUACGAAGCCUUUUUUAACAUGGUUAUGGCAAUCUUAACAACACACGUCUGCAUUUUUUGGUAUUAAGCCUUCAUCAGAAAGUUCCACAUUUGUGAGGAAACUUUUCUAAAUAUCUGGUUCUCCUUCAGUGGAAAAGUACCUAAGGGUGUGAAGUUGAGACCUCCAACAGAUGAGCUCAGGCAACAGAGAAAUUGAAGUAUAUGACUGUAUGUAAGCCAAUGCACGCUCAGAUAUAUUAAAAUGCACCAUAUAGUGAGUGUAAUCAUACCCAAAAAUAAGGUAUUUAGUCUUGACAAAAUAAUUAAAUAAAUAUUUUAAAAGCAGGAAUAAAAAGAGAAGUCAUGCCUGCACAGUUACUGAAUGAUGUGAAGGCACCUACUGUAUGUGACAUGUGUCUCUGUCCUUCAAUUUUAACAGACAUAAAAGAUUGACCCCCAAUAACAAAAACAAAGUAAAAUCCAGAUCUGUCUGUUCAGGAUAUACAGCGUUUGAGCACACAGUGGUUAGAUGGUUGCAUGUGACCCCUAUGGUUAUCGUCCCGGCCAUGCAGGUUGGGUUUUAGGUUGCAGAUGGGUGUAGCCCAGUUGGUGGUUUUCUAAGUAUCCCUGUCCAAGAAGCCCUUCAAAGUUAAACCUUUUCUGAAUCUAUUUUUUAAGCUGUAAUAUUUGUUCAAACUCUGUUGGGGUGAUUUUCUUUAGCCGGUCAUGUCAGCCUUUAGGGUGGUGGAGCUGUGUCACUCAAAUACCUCACAUACUUUGGUGCUAGAUUUCUGGAGUCUCUGGACCUUGGACCCAUGUUUAACAUCACUCGGGCUCCCAAAAUAUGUUGUGCUUUGUUAUUACCCUACAUUGACUCUCCUUUCGGUCAACAAGAAGCAAGUGGAAUGUUUGGAAAUGUGAACGACUAUAAAUACUUGAACAGUCUCAGACCAAUCUGUGUUACACUUAGGUGACACUUGUGUUACACUCAUGGCAUGGUGAAGCUGUAACCCAGAUCUGCAACCAGUAAAGCUCGUCAAAAUGAUAAUUCGUGUGGACCUUCCAUUUUUUAAAGUGUGAACAUGAGCUAAGCAUCCUUACAAACUCAUAUCUUCAUGCUGAUAAUGCUGUAUCGGUUGAGUUGUGGGGUUCUGCCUGGCACCAAGGACUAAAGUCUCAAACAGGUACACAACGUCACAGGGCUAAAGGUCCACCUUCGCUCCAUUUCUCACCUUGUUUCAAGGUUUAGUUAAUGAGAAGUCAGGUUUGGUCAGCCUACAAAGCCUACAUCCAUGAUUUCUGCAGUUUAUGAAGCCAUGGUGUGAAAUAAUGUUACUGUUGAGUGUUGCUGGUUGUCAUGGCUACAUGACUGUUAACAGAUGUCAUCUCUGUGUGCUGGUCUGACAGAGAGGAGACUCUUCAUGCUGCUUUUCCUCAGCUUUGGCGUGCUGUGUAUUAUUCAAGCCAUUCUCAAUGUUUCUUUGCGUCUCACCAGUGAGUAUGGAUUCUUCACAUUAUGAAACUUCAGAUUUGUUAACACUCUUGCACACAGGCAACACCUCAGUGUUGCAACCGCACACAUCCUAUGGUGUAAAACGACAUUUACCUUUUUUGUCUUUUUUUUGUUAACAAUUUUUUGAUCAAAUACAACCUGAGAAAUAUCUGUGUCUUACUUAAAAGUGAUUAUUUUAAACUGUAUUGUUAGUGUACCCGAACAGCAGGUCACCCAACUGCAACACAACUCAUGAUGGAGAGAACGAGAAAGGAGAGAGGCAGGCGGAUUGUGACCGAGGGAGUAAUGAUGAGUUCAACAGAUUACAAGAACGAUUCAACGCAUUGACUCGAGACAAAAACCAACUUGAAAACCAGAACAAUGAGCUCAACAACAUAAUACAAGAUCUGCAGAAGCAACGAGACAGACUGAGAGGACUAUGUGGUGAGGAAAAUAAAACCUUCACUGUGCUUACUGUAAUCUAUCCACUCCUUAUCUUUUAUCUCUGCGACAAAUGCCUGAACAUUUUAUGCCUAUGUGGAAACUCCAUUUUUAGUUACUCAUACUGCUAAUACAGUAUGACAUUACUCAUAUAUCUUUGACUGAAAUGAAUUUGCGGUGUCAUUUCUUUCACAUGUAUGUCUCUGCUCAAACUUAUUUAUUGAUGGAUUGUUCGUUUAUUUCACCUUCCAGAGGGUAGCCUUUUGUCUGCCUCCAAAUGCCCUGUAGGAUGGGAAGAGAUCAACUCCAAAUGUUACUACCACUCCUCAGUGACUAAAACCUGGGAGGACAGUGGGAAAUUCUGUCUAAGUAAAGAAGCCGACCUGGUGGUGAUUAACAACGUAGAGGAACAGGUUAAAGCACAUUAAUAUGGGUCUGGGUUAGCUGAUAUGUGUUUGUUGUUUAUGUUACAAGUGAACUAAUGAAGUUAACUUUACAUUGUCUUUGAUAUUCAUCAACAGAGGGCUCUGUCCCGGCUGGUACAGAAUACGAGUAGCUGGUUCUGGAUUGGUCUGUAUAACUCAGGAAGAACCUUCGGAUGGGUGGAUGGAUCUCCUCUGACUUAUGAGUAAGGCCUUAUAUAUAUAUAUAUAUAUAUAUAGUUUCAGUCUGACUAGUGCAAUUCUUUCUCAACACAUGGUCUAAGUGUCGUACUCUCAAACAGGGGAAGUAAGAAUGAGGAAAACCCCGCACGUUGCUCUUCCUGACACUUGUCUGUAAUGACUUAUUUCACCAGGACAACUGGCACAAACAAAUGUACAUGUUUCAAAUGUACAUAUUGUAUUUACAUGUUAAAAAGAUAGAAGGUCCGAAAAUUUUUGAGAAUUAGUUUUCCCAGUCUGAGAUGAAUUAAGAUCAUUUGUUACCAGCUAAGCAUACAUCCUAGGUAAGGUGUUGGUUCUUUAAAACUCCAAUUUAAACAAACAAAACAAAUAAAAAGCAUAAACAUAAAGAGAACUGCACUAGUAUUGUCACCUCAUGAAACUCUUUUAAACAUCAUGUCAAACUCACAAACUGGUUGCUGCCAUGCAAUACCUUUUGGGGACUACUUUGACCAGUUUACACACUAUUGAGAUAAAGUGUCUUGCUUAAGAACAUACGAUUUUGAGACCCUUAAGACUACAGACCUUAGAUGAGAAUAUGACUCACUAUACUUCUUAGACCACAUAAAGUGAAAAGCCUACAUUUGUGUCCUGAGUUAUUCACUGGACUGUCAUCAUUAUUAUCAUCGUUAUGUGAGCAAAACUAUGAUUUAACUUUGUAUAACAAUUUCAGAUUAUUUAUUUUUAACUGAGGCUAAAUAAUUUUGUAUAAAAAUGUCCUAUGAUAUUUUUUUAAUGUAGGUGUCUCUGCCUCUAUCACUGCUCAUUUAUUCAGGUUCUGGCGGUCUGGUAAGCCAGGUAAUGGUAAGCCAAACAACCCAGGGAACUGUGUGGCGAUGUCCCAAGGUGGCUGGAUUAGCGUCCCCUGUGGAGUUAACCUGCGCUGGCUGUGUGAAAAAGCUACAAUAAAAUAAUCUACACAUAACCCUGUCAUACAAAUUAUCUCAAAUGCAACACAACCUGGAUAAAAGUCAUUUUUCUGUUUACCCACAAGUUAAUUCAAGGACAAAAAAUCUAAAACACUGGACUUUGUUUUUGGACACAACCAAGUUUAUUAGGGAGCAGCAAACGCUGAAGAAGGGCGAGGCCUGGAGAUCUGAUUCAGAGCUGCUGUCUGUUACAAAAAGAUUUUAGCUUUGUGGAAAGUUUGCUUGCUCUUGUUUUUUGUUAAACAUUUAAUAAUCAUUAUCAUGAUUCUGCUAUUGGCAUGCAUCUAUCUAUGAGUACAAACAUUGUUAUUGCCUGGCUAAUGUAAGGUAGCAAAAAGUUUAUUAAUGUAGGAGAGACUAUAGAAAACGUUUCUAAAAAAGUGAACAGUGAAAGUGAAAAGUUACAUUAAAACUGGAAGAUGUUAACAUUGUCUGAGGAGUGUGAGGAGUUUCACGCCAUUGUCUGGUCAGGUGGAUGUCAGGCUACAGAUCAAAUGUUUUUUUCACAGAUCCAGAAACUAGUUUGGUUGCAUGCUAAGUCAUUCCAGCUCUGGUCCAGAACAUAAUUCCCUACAACUGCACAGUCUUCCUCGCUGCCUUGAUAACUGUUGGGCUCUGAAGAGUACCAGUAGCUGAAAUCAAAAAAUGGAAAAAUAAAAGAUUUAAUUUUUGACCAUUUAGAGAUGGACUGGUUUUGAUCAGGUUGUCUAUAAUUAAAAUGUACUGAGUUUGUCAUAAAAUCAGUCAAACUAUAUCAUGAAAUUUCAUGUCAUCAGGAUUUCUUCUAGUGGGAUAUGAUUUUUCAUUUUAAUGAAGCCCCGAAAUGUCGUGGUCUUAGAAAUUGGGGAGGGGACACAAAUGUGCACAAAAUAUUAUCAAGUUUUGAAACAGCUGAACAUUCACAAAGAGUCCCUUCUGUGGAUUAAAGGUGGGGUAGGCAGGAGUCCGUUAAAGAAGCAUCUUUAAAUGUAGUGUAUAUGCAAAAAAGCUUUUAAUAUCAGUCAAUAGUUAUUAGUUAUUGAUGACAUUUGGUAAUAUGAAGAUACAUUGUGUUUUGUUACGUCUGUGUAGUCAAAAUUUUAAAAUUUUUGAGCGGUUCUCGCUCUUUCUGGCUGUAAACAAAGCCAUUCAUGACCUCCCCCAACCUGAUUGGUUGUGAUGCAGACGCUGCUAACAGGCGCUUUAAACGGAGGUAGACUGGACAAGAGCCAAAAAGCCAGGUCAACAUCAAUGAAGCUAGCAUAAACGUUGGGGGGAUGCUUCGGGAUCUUACAGACCUGUAACCUUUCUGCUGGACAGGUAAACCGCUUUAACAAAGUAAACCAAGUGUCUGUAACAGAAGUGUUUCUUGUCAAACGGGAGGGGAGAGGAGGAGCUGAGGAGAAAACUGUUUGGGAGGGGUAGAGUUUACAUUCAAGAUUUCUCUCAAAAACUGGAACUUCCUCAGAUCCUGCCUACCCCAUCUUUGAGCCUCACAAUGCUAGAUCACAAAACUUAAUGCACCUGGAUAAAGUAAUUAAAAACUAUCAAAAAGUGACGCUACACGUCACCAAGACAAUAGAGAAGUUGAGUGUGAACCUUGUGGUCAGCAGAAUCCCAUCCACCCACUUCCACACUCCCUCUUUCUCUGUGUCAGUCAAUCCAAUCCACAGGUGCUUCUUUAAACCUAUUACAAAGUCCUUACCAAGCAGAAAGAGAAAAGUCAUUCGCUGCAUGAACAACAUCAACAGGUUAUGAAUAUCCUCUACAUCUAUGAUACUGUAUUUUUUAUUUUUUAAUGUACGAGAGCAAACACACGCAUGAAAUACACACCUGCUCCUCUCUGCUGUUGACAACCAUCAGAUCUGCACCUCUUUUCUGACAGUCAGCUCUACUUUCUUGCCAGGACUUCAUCAGAGAAGAAAUGUAAUACAAACUGCCGCUGAAAUACACCCAUCCAUUCUGAUCUGUUUUAAAAUAAAGGAAGAAAAACAAC